UGGAACAGUGUCCUUCAUUGCGAGAGUGAUGCAGUUUAAAAAUCGGGAGGGUAUGCUACAGUUGUAUAGGGUGCUGGUGAGGCUUGGUGUGGAGUAGUUUGUACAGUUUUAGUCUCCUCACUUGAGAAAGGAUGUACUGGCACUGGAGGGGGUGCGAAGGAGGUUCACGAGGUUGAUUCCAGAAUUAAAAAUGUUGCUGUAUGGGGAGAGAUUGAGUAGACUCCGAUUGCAGUCACUGGAAUUUAGAAGAAUGAGGGGUGAUCUAAUAGAAACUUUUAAAAUUAUGAAACAAAUGGAUCGGAAAUUGUUUCCACUGAUGGGCGAAAUUCCAACUUGGGGGCACAGCCUCAAAAUAAGUGUGAACAGAUUGAAAACUGAGUUGAGGAUGAGCUUCUUCAUCCAAAGGGUUGUGAAUCUGUGGAAUUCUCUGCCCACUGAAACAGUUGAGGUUCCCUUGUUGAAUGUUUUGAAAGCCAAAACAGAUAGAUCUUUGAACAGGAAAGGAAUUGAGGGUUAUGGUGAAUGGGAGGGUAAGUGGAGCUGAGUCCGCAAAAAAGAUCAGCGGAACGAGCUGGAAGAGACAGAUGGCCUACUCCUGUUUUAUUUCUUAUGUCCGUAUGUCCUUAGAUUGCCAUCCUUGUCAUUCCUCCUUCCCUGGAAUAGGCCAGUUCUGAACGCUGAUCAGUAGGUCUUUAAAUAACUCCCACGUAUCAAAUGUUGACUUGUUCAAUAAAAGCUCCUCCCAAUUAAUACUGCUCAGCUCCUACCUAACACUGAUGUAAUUUUCCCUCCCCCAAUUUCGUCCCUUCCCACAAGGUCCUGAUUAUCCAUGGCUGUCUUAAAAUGUAAGGAGAUGCGAUCGCCCAUUUAAGAAGCUCCUGGUUCACUGUUUUUCCCAAGUGGGAGUCAGCUACAGGCUUUCUUGUUCCACGAUGGGGGAGGAAAUGGCCGAGAGGUAUUAUUGCUGGACUGUUAAUUCAGAGACUGAGAUAACAUUCUGGGGACCUGUGUUCAAAUCCCAGCACAGCAGAUGGUGGAAUUUGAAUUCAAUAUAAAAGAAAAUCAUGAAUUAAGAAUAUAAUGAUGACCAUGAAUUCAUUGCCAAAUGUCAGAAAAACUCACCUGGUUCACUGAUGUGCUUUCGGGAAGGAAACUGCCACCCUUACAUGAUCUGGCCUACAUGUGACUGCAGACCCACAGCAAUAUGAUUGACUUUGAACUGUCCCCUGGGCAAUUAGGGACGGACAAUAAACACUGCGUAGCUCGGGAUGUCCUCCUCCCAUUAACAAAUAAAUAAAAUUGGAUUCUAGAUCUUCCGAUCCAAGAUCGUUUCUUGCUCUCAUACUAAUUUCUUUGCUUACAGUCACUUUCCCUCCUGCCUGUCUUUUUGGAAUGCCGUAUAGCCCUGCGCACUUAGCUCCAGUGUUGAUCUCCUUGUAACCAUGUCUUUGUAAUAGCUAUAAAAUCAUGCCCGUCAACCUAGAAAUGUGCUAUUAAUUUGUUGAUUUUGUUCUGAAUACAAUGAGCACGCAAGCAAAGAGCCAUGAAUUUAGCUUUAUCACUUGAUUUCACCUCUUGACACUAUUUACAGCUGUUUUCUGUUUGUACAUGCUUGUCUUUUCCAGUAGCACGCUGAGUAUUGUUAUCCCGAUAGUUCUUUCGUAUCAGUCCGUGUGUAUUCCUGGGCGAAUGUGCUCGUGUGGUCUCAGGAGUUGCGGAGGUCACGGCUCUGGGACAGCCGUUUCAUCGCUCUAUGCUGCAGAACCUACCCCGGAAGAGAGAGCCCAGAGAAUUGCCAAAGCUGUCCGCAAACAGUCAACAGAAGUGAAGGAAAAUUGGGAGCAAUUGAAAACCCGUGCGAGCAACUGGCAGAAACAGGUGGAAAAGGCGUUGGAGAAACUUCAAGAACUGCAGAAAGCGCUGGAUGAUCUUGAGGCUCAUGUGAUAACAGCUGAGGGGGUCCACACUGAUUGGCAACCUGUGGGUGACCUGCUUAUUGACUCAUUGCAGGAUCACAUUGAUAAAACCACAGGUAAGGACUAUCUGCAAAAUCUGAGAUUGGGUUUUGAAAGACAGCAGCCUUUGUUUUGGAGAGAUAAUGGGAACUGCAGAUGCUGGAGAACGCGAGAUAACACCGUGUGGAACUGGAUGAAGACAGCAGGCCAAGCAGCAUCUCAGGAGCACAAAAGCUGACGUUUCGGGCCGAGAACCUUCUUCAGAAAAUGGGGAGGGGGUGCGGGUUCUGGAAUAAAUAGGGAGAGAGGGGGAGGCGGAUGGAAGAUGGAUGGAGGAGAAGAUAGGUGGAGAGGAGAGUAUGGGUAGGGAGGCAGGGAGGGGAUAGGUCAGUCUGGGGAGGCCGGACAGGUCAAGGGAGCGGGAUGAGGGGUAAUAGGGGUGCGGCAUGAGGUGGGAGGGGGGAUGGGUGAGAGGAAGAAUAGGUUAGGGAGGCAGGGACGAGCUGGGCUGGUUUUGGGAUGCAGUGGGAGGACAGGAGAUUUGGAAGCUUGUGAAAUCCACACUGAUACCAUUGGGCUGCAGGGUUCCCAAGCAGAAUAUGAGUUGCUGUUCCUGCAACCUUCGGGUGGCGUCAUUAUGGCACUGCAGGAGGUCCAGGUUGGACAUUUCCUCUCAGGAAUGGGAGGGGGAGUUGAAAUGGUUCGUGACUGGGAGGUGCAGUUGUUUAUUGCAAACUGAGCGGAGGUGUUCUGAAAAGUGGUCCCCAAGCCUCUGCAUCGUUUCCCCAAUGUGGAGGAAGCCACAACGGGGACAGCGGAUGUUUUGGAUAUUUCUUAAGCAUUGAUUUUCAUUCAGAGUUGGUUGGAUUUUGCUGAAGCAAUAGACAUAACUCACUAUGACAUAGACAAUGUCAGAGUUAAUGUUUCGCGUCCUGUGACCCUUCCUCAGAUCUCAGUCUUCACUGAUGCUGCCAGACCUGCUGAGCUUUUCCAGCAACUUCUGCUUUUGUUGCUGAUUUACAGUGCCCACAGUUAGAACAUAGAACAUAGAACAGUACAGCACAGAAAAGGCCCAUCAGCCCACAAUGUUGUGCCGACCAUUGAUCCUCAUGUAUGCACCCUCAAAUUUCUGUGACCAUAUACAUGUCCAGCAGUCUCUUAAAUGACCCCAAUGACCUUGCUUCCACAACUGCUGCUGGCAACGCAUUCCAUGCUCUCACAACUCUCUGCGUAAAGAACCUGCCUCUGACAUCCCCUCUCUACUUUCCACCAACCAGCUUAAAACUAUGACCCCUCGUGCUAGCCAUUUCUGCCCUGGGAAAUAGUCUCUGGCUAUCAACUCUAUCUAUGCCUCUCAUUAUCUUGUAUAUCUCAAUUAGGUCCCCUCUCCUCCUCCUUUUCUCCAAUGAAAAGAGACCGAGCUCAGUCAACCUCUCUUCAUAAGAUAAGCCCUCCAGUCCAGGCAGCAUCCUGGUAAACCACCUCUGAACCCUCUCCAAAGCAUCCACAUCUUUCCUAUAAUAGGGCGCCCAGAACUGGACGCAGUAUUCCAAGUGCGGUCUAACCAAAGUUUUACAGAGCUGCAACAAGAUCUCACGACUCUUCAACUCAAUCCCCCUGUUAGUGAAAGCCAAAACACCAUAUGCUUUCUUAACAACCCUGUCCACUUGGGUGGCCAUUUUAAGGGAUCUAUGUAUCUGCACACCAAGAUCCCUCUGUUCCCCCACGCUGCCAA